ACUUUGUUAGAGAAAUCCCUCGUAUGGACAUUAUAUCGCGUUGGUUUCAAGACGCUUUUAUCGUAGUGAUCGGACAUGGCCUCGCUGUAGAUCUUUGGCAAAAGAGAAUGUGUGAAUUCAUUCUGAAUUCACGUAGACGACCAAACGGGCAGACGACCAAACGGGCAGGUCCCAAAAACGCGUUCAUGAUCUUAAGACGCUAUGCCCCUGGGAUGGCGGUCGGUGAAAUUUCCGGGCUUGCUAGUCAAGCCUGGAAACAUCAAUCGCAAAGGGGUCCCAAAAACGCGUUCAUGAUCUUAAGACGCUAUGCCCCUGGGAUGGCGGUCGGUGAACUUUCCGGGCUUGCUAGUCAAGCCUGGAAACAUCAAUCGCAAAGGGGUGGAAACUUAAACUAUCCCAACAAACGAGGAUCAUCAUUUGGAAAAAAUCUUUUAUCCUUAGUUGACCAGCUUUAUGAGAAAAAUAUUAUGCAUGAACAGAAUUAA